AUGUCUCCUCUUAAGCUCGCAACGAGGCCAUUUUUGCGCUCCCAACCCCUCAUUAGCAAGAUUCCCCGGGUUUUCACCACCACAGAUAGGAGCGCGACAAUUACAGGAUCUGCCAGAACAGCGCAACUACUACCAACCAAAGUAGACGAUCUAUCGCUAUCACCUUCGAAUUUCCCACUGUAUCGGGGCAAUUCGCGAUUUCAAAUGCUCAAACCCGCUCCCCGGGUCCUACAAAAUUCCUUCUCCAACCUCCAAAACGCUCUAGUACAGCAUCUCGCAGCACAUCCUCCUUCUUCACUUUCACCGACCCUACCUAAACUUUUCUCUCUUCUUCGCGGCUAUACGUCAGAUCGCCAACAUUGGUCAAGGUUCGCUCACGCGAAUAUCAACAAGCAAUAUACGAGGAAUUUGGUAUGCGAAGUUCCAGGACUAUUCAACUUGUUGAUAUUGGUCUGGACUCCUGGGAAGAAGAGUCCUGUUCAUGAUCAUGCGGAUAGCCACUGCUUGAUGAAGAUUCUCCAAGGCAAGCUGAUAGAAUCGCGGUUCAAAAUACCCACCAAACCCGGACUUGAUGGUCCUCUAUGUUGCACUUCGCGAAAGGACUUUGAACGCGAUCAAGUCACAUAUAUGUCUGACUCGCUUGGUCUCCAUGAAAUAUCGAACCCAAGCUCAACCGAGUUUGCCGUUAGCAUGCAUCUAUACACACCGCCGAACGCAGCUAUUCGAGGCUGUCACGUCUACGAUAUGGAUAACGGAGAGGCCAAGCAUGUCAUGCAAGGUGCAUAUGAUUCGGUAAACGGAUGGGUAUCUUGA